AUGACGAAGCGUUCUGCCAGUCCAGCGAUUACUCCGACGAAAAAACAGCGGAAACAUCUCGUUUCUACGUUGAAUAAGCAUUAUGGUAAAAUCAACACACAGGAUGAUUUCAAGCACAUGUAUGUGUCGGUGGUACCAAUGGACAUCUUUUGCUGGGGGACCGGAUCCAUGUGCGAACUUGGUCUGGGGCCCUUGGCUAAAAACAAGGAAGUGAAAAGACCUCGUUUGAACCCGUAUUUGGGCCGCGAAGACGCCAAGAUAGUAUCAUUUGCUGUAGGAGGCAUGCACGUUUUGGCUCUUGAUUCUAAAAAUGCGGUGUGGUCUUGGGGUACUAAUGAUUCUGGAGCUCUUGGAAGAGAUACCUCCGGUGCCAAUGAACAACUAAAGGACAUGGACGCUGAUAACAGCAGCGAUGACGAAGAUGGCGAUCUCAACGAUUUGGAAAGCACUCCCACAAAGCUUCAGCCAGACGCUUUACCUCUCGAUGAAAGCAAGGUAAUUCAGCUCGCUGCAACGGACAAUUUGAGCUGUGCUCUGCUUGACAGUGGUGAGGUUUAUGCAUGGGGUACCUUCAGAUGCAAUGAAGGUAUUCUCGGUUUUUACCAGGACUCUAUACAGGUUCAAAAAGAGCCUUGGAAAGUUCCUCCCUUUUCUAAUUCCAAAAUUGUCCAACUUGCGCCAGGGAAGGAUCACAUCCUUUUUCUCGAUGAAUUCGGCGUUGUUUACACUUGGGGCAAUGGCCAGCAGGGCCAACUGGGCAGAAAAAUUCUUGAGCGUUCUCGUCUUAGAACGCUUGAUCCUCGCGGGUUUGGGCUAGACAAUGUCAAGUACAUUGCUUCUGGUGAAAACCACUCUUUCGCCUUGACAAGAGAAGGCAAACUCUACGCUUGGGGACUUAACCAGUUCGGACAGUGCGGUGUGACGUCUGAGGUCGAAGAUGGCGCCUUAGUGACAAUUCCUACUGAAGUGGUACUUCCACAGGAUGUGAAGGUGAAGAUGGUUGCCGCAGGUGAACACCACUCCCUUGUUCUUUCAGAAGAUGGAAGGCUCUUCACUUUCGGUCGUCUCGAUAUGUUCGAAAUCGGCAUUGCUAAAGAUAAACUUCCUGAUUAUACCUACAUUGACGCUCAUGAUAAGGCAAGAGCAGUUCCUUUGCCAACGCAGCUGCGGGACGUUCCUCUGUUUAAGGGUAUUGCAGCAGGAUCUCACCACUCUUUAGCUAUAUCUGAAGACGGAAUCGUCUUUUCAUGGGGAUUUGGUGAAACCUAUGCUGUUGGUUUGGGACCUUCCGGUGAAGAUGUGGAGACUCCUACAAGAAUAAAAAACACUGCUACUCAAGAUCACAAUAUUAUGUUUGUCGGUGGUGGCGGUCAAUUCUCUGUCUCGGGUGGCGUGAAAUUGAGCGAUGACGAGGCAGAAAAAAGAGCUGAUAAGUAUGAUGACUAA